AAAUUACAAACACCCUUAAGUAAUAAACACCAAUUUGUGCCUACACAUGACUUCACUUGAACGUUUAAAGCGUGUUACAUGCAUUCAGGGACAACCUCUCAAUCUAUUUUUGAACAGGUUCCUUCUGAAGCGGACUGCUCGAAAGAACCGAAUCGCAAUGACUCGCUCUUCCGAUCCUAACCCACUCAAACAGCUAGCGGUUCUGCCUUGCGCAUGCGCAGUGCUGUGCUCCGUGCGGCGUUCUGCUGAAGGGAUGAGGGCAGCAGAUUCACGAACAACAGACCCAGAUGCUGAUGAGAGAAGCGCGGCUACACGGGGGACGCACGGUGUCAGAGAAUGCCACGGCAGGAAAAGAGUUUCCAUCCAUUGGCUCUGAGGAAAGGCAUCUUUGUCUCGUUGACUAGGUUCUUUGUUUUUGACUUGAAAUCAUAACUGCAGCUAAUGCUGCAAAUCCUGACGUUGCAAUGCCAGCGGGGCUGAAUGCGCAAGGCAGCGGUAUACCUAUUUCAGAUGCGAUGGGUAAGUACAAGGUCAAUGGCAUUCACUGCGCCCGCAGACCAUUACAGUCAAACGGAGGACAAUUUACGCUUGUAUUUACAUUUAAAUGCGAUUAGCAACGUUUAUUCAUCGUAAUUGUUAUACUAUAUUAACGCGCGAGAGAAAAAUAAGCGUCCCGUAACCUACAUUGCUGCAUGUCUCGGAUGUCCCCAACGAAUGUCGUUUGAUAUUGUUAAUAAGAACACACAACCGUAAGUGAAAUGUUGUUUUAUGCGGUUUAAAUCUGUUUUGUUUAAUGAUAGAAACCCAUCAUAUUACAUCGCCUACAUUUUUCUGGGUUUCUGGGUUGUGGCAGUGCCUUUGCAGCUAGAUACUAUAGACAUACAAGAGGUCAAAUACACUGGUUGUUUUGCUUUACUUGGCUUCACCCCAAAAUGAACGUGCCUAAAAUGAAAGAAGGAGUAGCCAAAUGCUGCCCAAGGCAAGGGCGUGUUGUGCUGUGGCUUCUUCCUACUCUAUUAUGUUUUCCAGGAUCGUUUAAGAGGAGGAAAAGAAAGUCCAUCAUAGUAACAGUGAUGCUUCUUAUCGUCUCCAUACUCAUCCUGGUCUUUGGUCUGGCUGCUACUACCAGGACACAAAACAUCACUGUCGGUGGCUACUAUCCAGGAGUCAUUCUCGGCUUCGGGUCAUUUCUGGGAAUCAUUGGCGCCCAUUUGAUAGAGAAUAAGAGGCAGAUGCUGGUGGCCUCCAUUGUCUUCAUCAGCUUUGGUGUGGUGGCGGCCUUCUGUUGUGCUAUAGUGGAUGGCGUUUUUGCUGCAAGACAUAUAGACCUCAGACCUCUAUAUGCUGGCCGAUGUGAAUAUUACUCCAGCGGGACCGCGUUUGAUUUAGAUGUCCACUGUCAAACCGCAUCUCGGGUCUCCUGUAACCUGCGUGUGAAGAGCAACACCUGCUACUGCUGUGACCUUUACAACUGUGGCAAAGAGCAUCCUCUUAUGGGACUUCAGAAUAAAGAUGUUUUGAAAAAAUUUAGGAAAUCCUCCAUGAUUUGGAAUCGAGUGGAACUGCGAGGAGGGUACCACGAGUACACAGAGGUGCGAAGCUGCCAGGACGUUGUGCAUCUUUACCACCUGCUGUGGUCAGCUACUUUCCUCAACGUUGUUGCUCUGUUUCUGGGCAUCAUCACCGCCGCCGUGCUGGGGGGCUUCAAGGACAUGCAGCACCAGAUUCCUGUGAGCCAGAACCUCUCCCUAUUCCUCCGCCCCCAGAGACUCCUGGACCCACAACAUCCAACAACUCUUUUUACAAUACUGCCCCCUGCUUACCUCCAUACACUGCCUAUGACCUUCAGGGUGCCAGCAUGUUUCCUGACUCUUCAGGCCUGUCUGAUGACUCCCAGUCUGGAACCAGCCACAUGUGGCCAAAUAUGAUCCCGCCUCGAUAUUCUCCUCCUUAUUACCCACCUGAUGAGAAGCCCCCGCCAUACAGCCCCUAAGGGACCAGUCUAAGGAAGGCAUUUUCCUGCCAAGAGAGAACUGGCAUUGGGCAUUUUUGGAUAUUAGAGUACCCCAUCAUUGAACAGUCAUUGUUCUGAAUGAAUGACCCUUGCAGAGGAGGUUCACCUGUGCGGCGGGUUAAGUACAGAGAGACUACAGCAUUAACCACAGUCAUUCAUCACCAUUCAGCAGAUGUAAUAUGCAACAUUAAACCUUGACAGGAUUCGCUCAAGUCAAACCCGAUGUGUAAAAUAUUCACAUUAUGUAGCCUCAAACCAAGAGGACUAUAUCUAAUAACAACUAGCCUGACUAUGAGAUCAAGACUGUUCACAGAUAAGCCUUAAAAUGUGUGUCCCCUUCCAGUCUGGCUCCACCUGGCUCGCCUCCUCUUCCCGUUAUAGGUAACGUCUGUGGGUCGCCUACUUGUGUUUCUUCUGCGUAACUCCAUAAUGUGAACUUCUCCCUUCCAAAGUGGCACAAAGUGUUUUGCAUCGCCUCAGCACGAGGAUGAGUCUCUUAUCUUAUCUAGCAAUUGAUUUGCACUUUAUUGUCUUAAGAAUUUGCUGUAUUCACACAGUUCUAGAUAAUUACUUGAGUUAUUUUUAACUGUUUCGGGCAGCUAGAUUGCAAAGAAUUGUACAUAUAUUUAGGCUGAAUCUUACUUUUUGUCCUGAGCGCUUCAUUAGGAUCUAACCUGUAAUAUGUGGUGUUUCUUCUGCAUUACAUCAAGCACACAAUCAUGUCACAUAUUCGAAUAAUCUUUUGUGACAAAAAUAUCCUUUGCUUGAUUUAUGCAAAGUAAUAAGCUCUUACAUAGUGGUAUGAAGAAUGAGAGGGCUUUCAAAACUUGUACAUUUCACAUUCGUCCGCCGUUCUGCAUUGCCGACAGGACUUACCGAAUGUAAAAAAGGAGGCUUAGCUUUAUAACUAACCAUUAUAUAAACCUACAUCGUUCACUACGUAAUAAUAGAAAUUCCCUCCACAAUGCAAAUAUAUCAGUGUGUGCAAUGCUGUACAUGUUGUACAUAUACCGAACGAUCAAACUGCCUUCUCGUAACACAACAGAAUUGAGUCUUAAUUCUUACAGUGUUCUCCUUUUUGUGUUUGUGUGUUCACAGUGAAUGUCAUGUCUAUACACUGUAUUUCAUGUGCUUGAUUUAUAUUAAGAACAUUGUCCUUUACUAAUGUGAGUAGAGAUAUUACUUCAAAUUCAAUGAUUUUAUUACUUCCUAUUUGACAUUUGGGUGCAACUCAGUCACAUGCUAUAAAGAAAACUCGUAAAGUG